UGCGCAUGCGCGACUCGCUCGGGGCUGAUGGAGGAAACAUGGCCACUGGUGUCAUCGGUUUGUAGCGUAGCAGAGCCCAAAGCUGCCGCUGUUUGCUGCGAAAACCGCCGCCUACCAGCUAUCUGUCACCCGCUGCAGCUUGUCAGAACACCUUGGGCCCGAUGUCUGUGGCCAAUGCAAAGCACACGGUUCUGGAUCCGGUGAUCCCAUACACUGGACCCAUACCUGGCGGCCUGCACCCAGGGGAGAUCAUCAUCAUCCAGGGUACUGUGCCACCAGAUGCUGACAGGUUUCAGGUGGACCUGUCAAGCGGCUGCAGCACCAAACCACGCUCUGACGUCGCUCUCCACUUCAGCCCUCGCUUCAAUGACUCCCCCUGUGUGGUGUGCAACUCCCUGCUGCGGGACGAGUGGGGGAAAGAGGAGACAUUGCACCAGCUGCCCUACAAGCGUGGAGCCCCCUUUGAGACCAUCAUUCUAGUGCACAAGAAUGCUUUUAAGGUGGCAGUAAAUGGUACUCACCUGUUGGAGUACAAACACAGAAUCCCUCUGAGCGGGGUCGACACCUUUUCUAUUUCCGGUAAUGUCAGGGUCCACGCCAUCGGCUAUAUCCCAAACUCGGCAAUAUAUUCAGAAUCAGGUGAUUUGGGUGUCCCUUACAAAGGCAGUAUACUCAAGGGACUGAGCCCAGGGCAGCAUAUCACAAUAAAAGGGCAGGUCAGCAUGUACCCGCACAGCUUCACUGUCAAGCUCUGCAACAGCAAGACGGAGAACGUUGCUCUCCAUCUGAACCCCCGGAUGAAGUCGGGCGUCUUCAUCAGGAACUCGUACCUGGAUGGAUCCUGGGGUCAGGAGGAGAGGGAGCUGCCCUUCUUUCCCUUCUCACCGGGCGAAUACUUUGAGAUCCUCCUCCUCUGUCAGCCCCAUCAGUUCAAGCUGGCAGUGAACGGGUCCCACUUGUUCGAGUUCAGGCACCGGGUCCAGGACCUGAGCAGCAUCGACCAGCUGGAGAUCAUGGGGGACCUGGAGCUCAAUGAUGUGAAGCUGUGGUGACUUUUAAGCUAAAACAUUGGAAACCGGCUGGUCAGUGCUCAGUUAGCCUACGAUGAGCCAGAUGAUGGAGCCUGAAUAUGGAGGAAUCAGUGGCGACUUCAGGUUUCAGCUAACCUAGCACCGUUACUGUGGUUGUUGGGAGUUUGGACACAUUGAUUCAUGACAGGAAAUAGGCUGACUUUAGGUGUCCCUCAGUCUUUUCUGAUCUGGUAAUCAGUGAAUGUGUGCUGUUGCAAAUAAAACACGGCAUAUGUAUAUUUAAGCACUUAGGCUUUGCUUAUAAUGUAAAUUAUAUGCAAGUCUUAAAUUGAGACAAUGAAUGAAAAUUCUGUUCCUUUCUUUUGGAGCAAUGCUCAAUACAGGAAAAACCAUCUGUAUAAGUAAAAGAACUGAUCUCAUCUUUGCACCAUCGUUGUGCAUGAUUGUAUUUUACACUUAAUAGUAUUAUUUUGUCAUAAACUUCAUUUUCUAUCAUACAAAAGCCCAUUGCUCAUCCUUUUUUAAACAUUUUCAUCCAAUUUCUGUACAAUUAUCAUAUGCCUUUCAUUCAACGAUUGAUCAUGUUAAGGUUCAGCAGAUAAAGUCAUAAUGUGGUUCAGGGUAAAUAGUCCAAUAAUUUAACAAAUCUGUAUUGCAUUCUGUAGUGAAGAAUGGAAGAGCCCUAGUAUCCUCCUUGUUUUGAUAAAUAAAAGAUAUCUUACUGAUA